AUGCGUCUGAUUGGAACCGCCUGCGCGUCUGCAUGGCUCCUCGUAGCCCUGGCACUCUUGAGACUCGCAGGCAGUGAUGGCUCGACAUGUGAGGAGCGAUGGAUUGAUGGAACUCCUGCCACCGCAACCCUUGUCAUGGUGCGACAUGGGCAGAGCAUAUGGAAUCAAGACAACAGGUUUACUUCCUGGGUUGAUGUGCCACUGAGUGACCAGGGAUUGAAAGAUGCGCACAAGGCUGGAAAGUUGUGUCGUGAAAAUAAUCUCAAGUUCGACGUUGCGUUCACCAGUGUUCUUCAACGAGCAGUUAAAACAUGUUACAUCGUACUAGAAGAGCUCAACCAGCUAUGGAUCCCCACUGACUGUAGAUGGCGCUUGAACGAGCGCCACGAUGGAGCGUUGACUGGCCUGAACAAGAAAGUUGCCGCCUUGGAUUUUGGCAGGGAGAGAGUACAGAAGUUUCGUAGGGGAUAUUCUUAUCCUCCUCCUCUGCUAAACAAAUCCCAUCCUUGCUGGCCUGGGCAUGACACAAAGUACUGGCAAAUGCACGAUAUCAAUGAGAACGACCUGCCAUUGGGUGAAAGUCUGCAUGAAGCCAUGUUUAGGGUGUUGCCAACGUGGGAAGAGGAAAUCAAGCCGCUUCUUAGAGCAGGGAAAUCGAUUCUUCUUGUCACGCACGGAAAUAUUGUCAGACUGCUUGCAAAGAUUCUGGAUGACAUAUCUGACAGUGACAUAGAAAAUCUCGAUGUUCCGUCUGGCUGCCCUUUGGUAUACAAAAUCAGGUGUGACACCUUGAAGCCCAUUGCAAGCGGCUCGUCUUGGGCACCUCUUUCAGCCGAGUUCCUUGGGAACAAGACUGCGAUAUCAGAAAAGAUGCAGUUUGUAAAGGCAGAAGUGGGUCAUCUCUUUGCUCGAGAUAUUAGACGAAUGCUGAGACAAAAUGACUGGGGAGGAAAACGAGGUAAUGAUGGACCUUGA